UUGUUUGUUUGUCUCAGGUUGGAUCUGUCCAACUGUUCACUAACGCACUUGGAGGAUCUUCAGGGAGCAUCAGCAGCGUUAAUAAUAGAUCUCUCACUCAAUUCCAUCACCAACAUCAGUGACACGGCAUUUCAAGGAUUUACUGAGUUAAAUUACAUGAUUUUGCCACAAGACAUAGAUUGUCCAGGGGGCAACACAUCCUGGAAAAAGGUGGAAGUCAAAGCGGGAAAUCGUCUUUGUGAAGGACAGAGGGAUAUGUGCAACCAGACUGGACAGCUGUCCCUUAACUGCCCGGAGAACUCGCUCUGCGCGCCCUAUGGCCCCGGCUUCUUUGAGUGCAGCUGUGCUGGAAACUAUCAUGGAUACAAGUGUCUUCGAGAGGGGGAGUUCCCGGCUCUUCAGGUGUUUGGGCCUCUCGGAGCGUCUACAGUUGUGAUCUCUUUCGUGCUGUGGUUUACACAGAGACGUAAGGCCAAGUCACUCUGAGGCUGAUCUGCAGUCUUUAUCUGCAGUGAUCCGCGGAGCUGAAACUGAGAGGGAA